UUCCUUUUAAAAUCAAAAGUGAAAAGGGUGAUCUAGACACAGUCGAGACUUUCAAUUUUUUUAAUCGUCUUUUUUUUAUCACUAUCAUUAUUAUUAUUGUUAUCAUUAUCAGAUUGAAAGGGUGUAGAUCACAUGCAUCUCUGAUCAGGUGGGUUUUUCUUUCCUCUUAAUAAAUUCCGUGACGUUUGCGUCUUUUGUCUUCCCCCGCAAUUCCACCUGCGAAUUAAAUCCGAGUUUCAUACUCAAACAACAACUAGAAAAGGAUGAACAUUAUUUCUUGUCCCAACCAUAAUCAAUAGGAUUUAUUGUCCUGCCCAUUUUGAAAUCAAAAACAAACAAAUAUGGCGGGCAAGGGAGUCAAAUAUACGCCUCCGCCAUCGCCGUCGCCGUCGCCGACGCCUUCUUACUACGACGUCAGCGAUGAUGAGGAGGACGAUUACAACACCAUCUCACAUGCGACAACUCGGAAAGGCGUGAAGUUACUGUUUUCAAAAAGCAAGGUCUAUGUUCACCCUACCCCUUCCUCCAAGGACAAUAUCCCCGGAUUUAUUGCCCUCAUCCAACAAAAACCGGCUCCGUACGCGACCAAUCCGAUCACAUCGACCAACCCAAAGAGUGCCGAGCUCUCAUCUUAUCUCUUGGCUUGGGUACCAGAAUCCUCGCUUGGCGACGCCUACAGCACCUAUGUUAAAGUCGAUCUCGCGGGUGACUCCUCUCCCCCACGACAGAAAUAUCUGGUGCCUCCUCUACCAACAGCCACGAGCUAUAAGGACCCGAUAGGACUAUACGCCUUCGCUGUACCUCUCUCAGAAAUAUACUCGUUGCUUGUACGACCUCCGAGCAUCGGUUGGUGGUUUGGCAGCCUUGUGAUCAACACACGUGCAGGCGAUAGCUUCCCUGCUCUUUUCUUCCAUGACGGUGAAUGCGAAUCAACCAUACUACAAAAAAGGAAGAGAACCCAAGAAACGUUUGACCCAUUUGGUGAGGAUGGUAGCCUUUUUUGGGGUGGCGAUGAGGUUUUAAGGUGGCUUCGGAAAUAUGUGGAGGUACAACGCUCGGCCGUUGAUAACAGCGUCUAUUUGCUCAAUCCAUCUGAAGAAGAUCGCCUAUCGUUCGGGCGGCCGCUGACGGCUGAUGGAACAGUAGCAAGAUCCCAGGAUCAAGCCACCGGUCCAUCCUUGCAAGGUAGCAGCGGACAGCGGGACGCAGGAAUGGAUCCUUUCAUGAAAGCGAUCAAGGAGACUAGAUGGAAGGUUCUUGAACAGCUAAGCAAGAUCACGACGUUCACGAGGCGGACAGCGAAUGAGAUUGCCGAAAACCCUCGGAUUCCUCCUCAAGUCCGUCGGCUGAUGAAGACACCGGAGAUCCAAACUUUGCAGGAGGAGUUCGAUAGCGCCAGGCUAUAUCUUGCUCGAUGGGCCAUGAGUAUAUCUGAACAGAGCGAACGCGAGAGAAACCAACGGAUAUGGACCGCUCGGGACGUCCUUGAGAUGGAGAACAGCUCGGUGGGCGAUUUUGAGAUUCUCGAGCUAGAAACGGGAACUAUGUCCAUUCAUGAACGUCGCAAGACAGUAACUUUGAAAGAAUGGGAGGGUUUCUUUGACCCAACAACGGGAAGAUUACAGGUUACUAUUGAAGAGGUGAAAGAAAGGAUAUUCCAUGGGGGUCUAGACCCGAACGACGGGGUCAGAAAGAUAGCAUGGCUUUUCCUUCUCGGCGUGUAUCCAUGGGAUAGUACUCGUGACGAACGUCAGGCCUGGAUGAAUUCCAAGCGGGAUGAGUACAUUCGGUUAAAGGGUGCCUGGUGGGAACGAAUGGUCGAGGGGAACUCCACCGAGGAGCAGCAUGAGUGGUGGAAAGAGCAGAAAAACCGCAUCGAGAAGGAUGUUCACCGUACAGACCGCACGAUCCCUCUCUUUGCAGGGGAAGAUACCCCCCAUCCAGAUCCCGACUCGCCAUUUGCAGAGACGGGGACGAACGUUCAUCUAGAACAGAUGAAAGACAUGCUGUUGACGUAUAACGAAUACAACCCUGGCUUAGGCUAUGUCCAAGGAAUGAGUGACCUUUUAGCUCCAAUAUACGCGGUCAUGCAGGACGAUGCAGUUGCAUUCUGGGCGUUUGUUGGCUUUAUGGACCGAAUGGAACGCAACUUCCUUCGCGACCAGUCUGGCAUGCGUGCCCAACUUCUAACGUUAGACCAUCUUGUGCAACUCAUGGAUCCUCAACUCUAUCUUCACCUCCAGUCUGCCGAUAGUACGAACUUUUUCUUCUUCUUCCGCAUGCUUCUAGUUUGGUACAAGCGCGAAUUCGAAUGGGUGGAUGUCCUACGCCUUUGGGAAACACUGUGGACCGAUUAUCUAUCCAGCAGUUUCCAUCUACUCAUCGCGUUGGCCAUUCUAGAGAAACACCGAGACGUCAUCAUGGAUCACUUGAAGCAUUUCGACGAAGUCUUGAAAUACAUCAACGAACUCUCCAACACUAUGGAACUCAUUCCAAUCCUUACCCGCGCUGAAUCCUUAUUCCGUCGCUUCGAACGAGCGGUUCAAGCAAUAGAUAAGAAAAACAACUUCCCCACGCCUUCUACUCACCAACGGAAAUCCAUCCAGUCUCCAUCCGAUGCAAACAAAGGCAAAUCCCCACAAAGACCAAUAAGCACCGGGUACAGCAGUGGCACCAGCUCCGGGCCGAGCGCUCCACAAGGCGAUAACAGCGACCCCAAAGUUAUUUCUCCAGAGCUAAGAGAGCUGUUCAGUAAAGAUGUCCCCUGGAAGCGACAGCCAUCUGAACGACGCGAACACAUACAAGAUCCAUCGUGAAGUAGCUUUUUUGUAUUGUGCGCAUGUAACUUUUUAAUGGGUGGUGGUAUGGUUGGAUUACAAGCUCAAUUUUAUCUUUCUUACGAUUAUGUCUCGGUAUGGUCUUUCCUGCUCGAAGUCUUCGGGUGGUUUUCUUUUUUGACACUUUUACUCCUUGUUUCUGGGGUUAUAUGGAGUUAUUGCUAGAUAGCUGUAGCUGGUUGUAUUGGCGGCCUUCGUAUUAGCGUAUUAUUUACGGCUAUUAUCAUAGCCACAGGGGUGAGUAACCCCCAAUCUGAAGUGAUAGUCGAUAAACUAUGAAUGUUCCAUGAAUUCUUGAAUU